AGGCGCCCCUCAGUGUCUCUUAAGAGAAGGAGGAUUCCAUGUGCAUCUGUGUUUGGCUGUCAGGUUCCAUUAUCUAUGCUUUUCUUUCUUUUCCUUUGGCUUCAAAAAAAUUCCUUGGUGUUACAGGAAAUAUGUGUAUUGCAUAACAAACUUGCACUCCUGAAACAUACCUAUGUAAAUAAAAUGUAAUAAGUUUUCCUGUUCGUAUUUACUGUUGAGAUGUAUGUUCAAUAACUCCCAAAUAAUUCUAAAAGUUUCUACAGUAUUUUACUGCUCCUACUAUUACCCGUUGUGGUUCUAUAGCCCUUUUCCCCACAGAGAUUUUAAGACAAAACAGACUCUAUGUCCCCUCCCCCCCCCCCAGUUAAAUAUUGGAGAAAAGCAGAAUAUAAAUAUAACAUUUUUAUUUUUAUUUAUUUAUUUUUUAAUGUUUAUUUCUCUUUGAGAGAGAGAAAGACACGGCACGAGUGGGGGAGGGGCAGAGAGCAGGCUCUGAGCCGUCAGCACAGAGCUGGACGGCAGGGCUGGAACUCACAGACCCGUGAGAUCACGACCUGAGCCCAAGUCGGGCACUUAACCGACUGAGCCACCCAGGUGCCCCAUAAAUAUAACAUUUUGAAAAGCCAAGAAGCAUAGAGAAAGGAAGUCAAAUGGAGUAAGUCUCUAAUAUCCUAAUUCCAAGCUGGCAAGUUGAACACGUUGAAGGAUUUUCCUUUCCAUUCAUGGGGAAAAGGAAUCAGUGCAGUACUGAUUCCUUAGGGACCUGGAAGCCUGGAGCUCUUGCAGUCAGCCGGAACUACUGCUCCGUGGUUUGCUCUGCCAUUUCUAAGCCCAUGCUGACAUGUUGGAGGGACACAGUCCAAAGGUGCAGCAGGGGAAUGUAGCCUGAAGCUGAAAGCAAAAGGGUCCGAUUUCCUCCCUUUUACUUGAUCGGAGGGUCAUUCACUUCGGGGUGCCUUCAUUUCCUUAUUCAUCACACAGAGCAGUGUGGUGUGGAAAAAUCCUUAACGGUUAACGUUAACCGACUGAGCACCCAAAAUUAUUUUUAUUUUAGACACAGAGAGAUUGUGAGUGGGGGAGAGGAGCAGAGGGAGAGAGAGAGAAAAUCUUAAGCAGGCUCCAUAUUGAGCAUAAGCCCAACUCGGGGGCUCCAUCCCACGACCCUGGGAUCAUGACCUGAGCCAAAAUCAAGAAUUGAACACUUGGGGCACCUGGAUGGCUCAGUCAGUUAAGCGUCCUACUCUUUAAAAAAAAAUUUUUUUUUAAAUGUUUAUAUUUCAGUGAGACAGAGUAUGAGCAGGGCAGGGGCAGAGAGAGAGAGGGAGACACAGAAUCUGAAGCAGGCUCCAGGAUCUGAGCUGUCAGCACAGAACCCGAUGCGGGGCUCCAACUCACGAACCGCGAGAUCAUGCCCUGAGCUGAAGUCAGACGCUUAACCGGCUGAACCACGCAGGCGCCCCAAAUGUCCCACUCUUGAUUUCAGCUCAGGUCACGAUCUCAUGGUUCAUGGGUUCAAGCCUCACAGUGGGCUCUGUGCUGACAAUGCAGAGCCUGCCUGGGAUUCUCUCUCUCCUUCUGUCUGCCCCUCCCCAACUCACAGGCUCUCUCUCUCUCAAAAAUAAAUAAACUUAAAAAAAAAAAAAAAAAAAGUUGGACACUUAACUGACUGAGCCACCUAGGUUCCCCCCCAGAAGGGGUUUUCACAAGAGAGGAGCCAGGUGGCUCCCUGGGGUCUCAGAUUGAGGGGAUCUGUACUUGACAGAUGAAUUUUGCAGUAGCCAUUGUCUCUCUCAGCUUUGGGAUUAUAGUAACCGCCAUUUGUAGUGUGUUUACUGUGCAUUAGGUUCCUUGCACAAUUGUCUUAUUUCGUUAUCACCUAAGCCCAGUUAGAACAUUAUCCCGGUUUAUAGAUGAGAAAACAGUCUCCACAGAUUAAUUUGCCCAAUGUCAUUUAGCUAGAUAACAGAAGUGUUGUUUCCUCAUCCGUAAAAUGAAUGAAUAACAGAAGUAGACUAUCACCUACAGAAUCGCUCGGGAUAGUUAUGAGCCACGAAGAGGCAAAGCCCUGGUAAUACAGGGAACCUCUGUAAACCGAGUUUUGCCUUUUCCAAACUUGAGUUUGGGUUCCUUUUUCAAAACGCAGGCGCAGGCGCGCGUGAGGCGCGGGGAUCGUGACCUCCCCGGCGCCCCUUGCGCAGGCCACGGUCGCCCUCUGCCGACGGUGGGUGGGAGAGCUCGCAGAGUGAAUGUUUCCGGGCCUGAGAGCCGACCAAGAAGCUGGAUGGCCUGUAGAGGGCGCGGCCGGCGCCCAGAGUAACCCACUUGGCCGUCCCUUCCUUAAGCACUUCCUGUCUGAUCUCUAUGGUUCUCUGUUGCGUCAUGGGAAGUUCCGGUAGUUUUCAAUUUACUGUAAACAACAGGGACGUGCGCCGACCCGGAAGUGAAAACUGGAGCAGGCCCGGAGCAGUUCAGAAGGCCCGGUAAAGCGGGGUGCGGGCAGCUGUAGCCAUGGCCGUGGCCGUGGCCCUGGCGGGGGCUGUGACCGGAACCGAGCUAGGCCCCGCGGAAGAACUCGCCAAACUCGAGUAUCUGUCUUUAGUGUCGAAAGUUUGCACCGAGCUGGACAAUCACUUGGGGAUCAACGACAAGGACCUGGCUGAAUUUGUGAUCAGUCUUGCUGAGAAAAAUACCACCUUUGAUACUUUUAAGGCUUCUCUGGUCAAAAAUGGUGCUGAAUUCACGGAUUCUCUUAUUAGUAACUUGCUACGCCUCAUACAAACCAUGCGGCCUCCAGCAAAGCCUUCUACUAGCAAAGAUCCAGUUGUUAAACCCAAAACUGGAAAGGAAAAGCUGAAGGAACUCUUCCCAGUGCUUUGUCAACCAGACAACCCUUCUGUCCGGACCAUGCUGGAUGAGGAUGAUGUAAAAGUCGCUGUGGAUGUCCUGAAAGAACUGGAGGCCUUAAUGCCCAGUGCAGCGGGCCAGGAGAAGCAAAGAGAUGCGGAGCACCGAGACAAGACAAAGAAGAAGAAGCGUAGCCGGAGCCGUGACCGUGAGCGUGACCGGGAGCGGGAGCGAGACCGUGAUAGAGACCACAAGAGGAGACACCGGUCCCGCUCACGGUCACAUUCCAGGACCCGGGAGAGGAAUAAAGGGAAGUCUAGAUAUCGGUCUAGGAGCAGAAGUCAGAGCCCCCCCAAAGACCGGAAGGACCGGGACAAGUAUGGGGAGAGGAAUCUGGACAGAUGGCGGGAUAAACACGUGGACCGCCCUCCCCCGGAGGAGCCUGCCAUUGGGGACAUUUACAAUGGCAAAGUUACCAGCAUCAUGCAGUUUGGAUGCUUCGUGCAGCUAGAGGGAUUAAGGAAGCGGUGGGAAGGCCUGGUGCACAUCUCUGAGCUCCGGCGAGAAGGCCGUGUGGCCAAUGUGGCUGAUGUGGUGAGCAAAGGCCAGAGGGUCAAAGUCAAAGUGCUCUCCUUCACUGGGACCAAGACCAGUCUGAGCAUGAAGGAUGUGGAUCAAGAGACUGGUGAAGAUCUAAAUCCCAAUCGACGACGAAAUCUUGUUGGGGAGACCAAUGAAGAGACUUCAAUGAGGAAUCCGGACAGACCCACUCACCUCUCCCUCGUCAGCGCCCCUGAAGUAGAGGAUGACUCUCUGGAGCGCAAGCGCCUUACCCGCAUCUCUGAUCCAGAGAAGUGGGAGAUCAAACAGAUGAUCGCUGCCAAUGUCCUUUCCAAAGAAGAGUUUCCGGACUUCGAUGAAGAGACUGGCAUUCUCCCUAAAGUGGAUGAUGAAGAAGAUGAAGAUCUUGAGAUCGAGCUGGUUGAGGAAGAGCCUCCAUUCCUGAGAGGGCACACCAAGCAAAGCAUGGACAUGAGCCCUAUUAAAAUCGUUAAGAACCCGGAUGGUUCCCUCUCCCAAGCAGCAAUGAUGCAGAGUGCCUUAGCCAAAGAAAGGCGGGAACUCAAGCAGGCCCAGCGGGAAGCUGAGAUGGAUUCUAUUCCCAUGGGGCUCAACAAACACUGGGUUGAUCCUCUGCCUGAUGCGGAAGGCAGACAGAUCGCUGCCAAUAUGAGGGGUAUCGGGAUGAUGCCCAAUGACAUUCCCGAGUGGAAGAAGCAUGCUUUUGGGGGCAACAAAGCUUCUUAUGGAAAAAAGACCCAGAUGUCAAUCAUUGAGCAGAGAGAGAGCCUGCCCAUCUACAAACUGAAGGAGCAGCUGGUCCAGGCUGUUCAUGACAAUCAAAUCCUGAUUGUCAUUGGAGAGACAGGAUCUGGGAAGACAACGCAGAUCACCCAAUACCUGGCAGAGGCAGGCUACACUUCCCGGGGCAAGAUUGGAUGUACCCAGCCCCGAAGAGUAGCAGCCAUGUCGGUGGCCAAAAGAGUGUCGGAGGAGUUUGGUUGUUGCUUAGGCCAGGAGGUGGGCUACACCAUUCGGUUUGAGGACUGCACCAGCCCAGAAACAGUCAUCAAGUACAUGACAGAUGGGAUGUUGCUCCGAGAGUGCCUGAUUGAUCCCGACCUCACACAGUAUGCAAUCAUCAUGCUGGAUGAGGCGCACGAGAGAACAAUUCACACUGACGUGCUCUUUGGAUUGUUGAAGAAGACGGUUCAGAAACGGCAGGACAUGAAGCUGAUUGUCACCUCAGCCACAUUGGAUGCAGUGAAGUUUUCUCAGUACUUCUAUGAAGCUCCCAUCUUCACCAUCCCAGGUCGAACAUAUCCAGUGGAAAUACUGUACACAAAGGAACCUGAGACAGAUUAUCUGGAUGCCAGCUUGAUCACUGUCAUGCAGAUCCACUUAACAGAACCACCAGGUGACAUCCUCGUCUUCCUGACUGGUCAGGAGGAGAUCGAUACCGCGUGCGAGAUCCUAUACGAAAGAAUGAAAUCCCUGGGACCGGAUGUCCCAGAGCUGAUCAUCCUGCCCGUGUACUCUGCUCUCCCCAGUGAGAUGCAGACCCGAAUCUUUGACCCGGCCCCACCUGGCAGCAGAAAGGUCGUGAUUGCCACCAACAUCGCAGAGACCUCGCUGACCAUUGACGGCAUCUACUAUGUGGUGGACCCUGGGUUUGUGAAGCAGAAAGUUUACAAUUCCAAGACUGGCAUCGACCAGCUCGUGGUCACUCCAAUCUCUCAGGCUCAGGCAAAGCAGCGAGCUGGCAGAGCCGGGAGAACGGGCCCAGGGAAGUGUUACAGGCUGUACACAGAACGUGCCUACCGAGAUGAAAUGCUGACCACCAAUGUGCCGGAAAUCCAGAGGACCAACCUGGCGAGCACAGUGCUCUCUCUCAAGGCCAUGGGCAUCAAUGACCUGCUGUCCUUUGACUUCAUGGAUGCCCCUCCGAUGGAAACCUUGAUCACAGCCAUGGAGCAACUGUACACACUGGGGGCCUUGGAUGACGAGGGCCUGCUUACUCGCCUGGGCCGCAGGAUGGCAGAAUUCCCUCUGGAGCCAAUGCUGUGCAAAAUGCUGAUCAUGUCUGUGCAUCUGGGCUGCAGUGAGGAAAUGCUGACCAUUGUGUCCAUGCUGUCUGUGCAGAAUGUCUUCUACAGGCCCAAGGAUAAACAAGCCCUUGCAGAUCAAAAGAAAGCCAAAUUCCACCAGACCGAAGGGGACCACCUCACCCUGCUGGCUGUGUACAACUCCUGGAAGAACAACAAGUUCUCCAACCCCUGGUGCUAUGAGAACUUCAUCCAGGCUCGUUCGCUGCGUCGGGCCCAGGAUAUUCGCAAGCAGAUGUUAGGCAUAAUGGACAGACACAAGCUGGAUGUGGUCUCCUGUGGCAAGUCCACAGUCCGAGUGCAAAAGGCCAUCUGCAGUGGAUUCUUCCGGAAUGCUGCCAAGAAAGACCCUCAGGAGGGCUACCGGACACUGAUUGACCAACAGGUGGUCUACAUCCACCCUUCCAGUGCUCUCUUCAAUAGGCAGCCAGAAUGGGUGGUGUAUCACGAGCUGGUACUGACCACGAAGGAGUACAUGCGUGAGGUCACCACUAUCGACCCCAGGUGGCUUGUGGAAUUUGCUCCAGCCUUCUUCAAGGUCUCCGACCCGACCAAGCUAAGCAAGCAGAAGAAGCAGCAGCGUCUUGAACCCUUGUACAACCGCUACGAGGAACCCAACGCUUGGAGAAUAUCCCGGGCCUUCCGACGGCGCUGAGAGGUGACACUUCUCUGUCUGCCUCUCCUGCAGUGGGGGCCCAGGGCUUGGACUCCCUUUUAUUGAUGAAAAGCUGGUCCUGAGGAUGCAGCCGUCCAGUGACUGAAUAUCUUCACUGGGCAUUUUCUAAACUUGAUUCUGAUUUCUUCCCUGGUGGUCAAAAUAGAAACAGGGAUUUACGCCUGGUUUGACCAGAGCCCCCAGCCCCGACCACCUCAAGGCACUGUGGCCAGCUGGGGCUCGCAGCCAGUGCGGGAGUACAUGGCAUCAUCUCCACAAAAUGGGCAACUCGUGGAGCCCUAGGAUGGGAAAACGGAGUUGCGAGCAUCUGACGCCCGAGCUGGGACUCUGGAGGAAGGGGCCGCGGAGCUCACUGACAGUGUUGGCCCCACUUCUGCCCCUGCCCAGCCCCUGUACUUUCGCUUAACCUCUUGGAAAUAUUUAUUUUCUUAAGGAAACAUAAA